AUGGACAACGUGUACUAUGAAGAUGGAGAUAUUAUCAUUGGUGGCAUCUUGUCUAAUUUCCUUGCAGAGAUUAGCAAAGAUGAUACUUUUGAACAGCACCCUUCUCCCUACUUGCCCAAUGCUUUACUAUAUCCAAAAUCAUUUCAGUACCUCCUGGCUUUCUUGUUUACAGUCCAAGAGAUCAAUAAGGAUCCCACACUCUUACCGAACCUCACACUUGGAAUGCAUCUCUCUCAAGAUUUUCUGACUGUACGGACAAUUUAUCUGAAAGCUAUAAACUUAAACUCUGGGAAGAAAAUUGUGAUUCCUAACUACAGCUGUGAGAGGAGAUGGCUUAUGUCAAUAAUUGGUGGGCUGAGAUCUGACUUAUCCAUCAGUAUAGCAAAUCUCCUUGGGAUAUAUAAGAUUCCUCAGAUCAGCUAUGGCUCCUUUGACUCUGCUUUGAGUGACAAGUCCCAGUUUCCUUUUUUCUACCGCACUGUCCCAAGUGAAUUGUCCCAGUUCAUUGGUGUGAGCCAUUUACUGGCACAUUUUGGCUGGAAGUGGGUUGGCUUAAUCGCUGCAGAUGAUGAAAGUGGCAGAAAUUUCCUCCAAAUUAUUUCCCAAGAAAUGAGCAAAGCCAAUUCCUGUAUUGAGUCCAUCACUCUUUUGCCGGUCUACAGUUAUCUUGAUCCAGAAUCUGUCAAUAGAUUAGCCACAUGGUUUUCCAAACUGUCAUCCAACAUAAUGGUUGUUCACGGAGAGACUGACAAGCUAUUCUUGAUCAAUGUGGUUGUGACAGAAAAACAGAUUUGUGGAAAGGUUUGGAUCACAACCACAGUGUGGGACUUCACCUCUCAUUAUGCCAGAAAACCCUGGAACUUAACAACAUUCAAUGGGGCUCUCUCCUUUGUAGUGCAUAAGCGUGAGAUUCCAGGCUUCCAGGACUUUCUUAGCAGAGUUAGUCCUGACCAAUAUCAAAAUGAUUUUUAUCUGGAUCACUUCUGGUCCCAGGUAUUCAAGUGCUCAUGGCCAUCAUACAUAUUGGAUACAUCCUGGCAUAGGUGUAAGGGGACUGAGAAGCUGAAGAAUGUCAGCACUGAUCUGUUUGCUAUGAACACGUCCAGCCUUAGCUACAGUAUGUUCAAUGCUGUUUAUGCUAUCGCUCACACUUUACAUGAAAUCUACUCUCUCCAAUCAGCAAAUAAUAGAAAUGCUAGAAUGCAGCAUUUUGAUAUUCAAGUAUGGCAGUUACAUUCCUUCUUGAAGACUAUCCGGUUUAAUAACAGUGCUGGUGAAGAGAUAUCAUUUGAUGAGAAUGGUGAUUUGCGUUCUGGAUAUGAUAUUUUAAACUGGGCUAUAUUGCCAAAUAAUACCCCAGUCACUACCUAUGUUGGAAGUAUUGAACCUCAUGUUGCAAUGGAUUACAACAUCAUUAUCAAUAAUAAAGCUAUAGUGUGGAAUAGCAGAUAUAACCAGACCCCAAGUUCUGUGUGCAGUGAAAGUUGCCAUCCUGGAUACAGAAGAAAGACUGUAGAUGGGAAAUUAUCCUGCUGCUUUGAUUGUGUCCGGUGCACAGGAGGACAGAUCUCUAGUCAGAAAGAUAUGGAUCGUUGUGACAAAUGUCCACAAGACCAAUAUCCAAAUGGCCAACACAAUAAAUGCAUGCCAAAGGUCAUUACAUUCCUUUCAUAUAAAGAGCCGUUGGGCUCCAUUUUGGCUUCCACAUCCUGUUUUCUUUCUCUCCUCACAAUUUUGAUUCUAGGAAUAUUUAUUAAACACUGGGACACACCAAUAGUGAAGGCCAACAACCGUGAUCUCACCUUCAUUCUCCUUGUCUCCCUCUUGUUCUGCUUCAUUUGCUCCUUGAUAUUCAUUGGGAAGCCCAGAAAGGUGACCUGCCUUCUCCAGCAAGUAUGUUUCGGCAUUGUAUUCUCAGUUGCAGUUUCUUCCCUCUUGGCAAAAACAAUCACUGUAAUUUUGGCCUUUCUGGCUAGAAAUCCAAGGAACUGUAUGAGGAAAUGGAUAGGGAAAAGACUAGCAAACUCUAUUGUUCUCUUAUGCUCCCUUAUUCAGGUUGGCAUCUGUAGUGUCUGGCUUGGAACAUCUCCCCCGUUCCCAGAUGUUGACAAGACAUCUAAGCAUGGCCUAAUCAUGCUUGUGUGCAAUGAAGGUUCUGAUUUCAUGUUCUUCAUUGUACUGGGCUACAUGGGCUUCUUGGCCAUAACCAGCUUCACUGUGGCUUUUUUGGCCAGGAAGUUGCCUGAUGGUUUUAAUGAAACAAAAUUUAUCACCUUUAGCAUGCUGAUAUUUUGCUGUGUUUGGUUGUCUUUUGUGCCAACUUAUUUGAGCAACAAGGGGAAGUUUAUGGUAGCAGUGGAAAUUUUUGCCAUCUUGACUUCUAGUUCUGCUUUAUUGGGUUUUAUUUUUUUCCCCAAAUGCUACAUUAUUGUACUCAGACCUGAGAGGAACAAAAAGGUGUACCUACUUUCAAAAUCGAAUUCUCGUCUCAAACGAUGUCAAUGUGAAUCUUGA